AUGCUUCCAGGAAAUGGAAAGUAUCAAAUUGUGGACCUGAAAUCAUCUGCCUUUUUAAAAUGUAAAACUCAAUAUGAAACUGCCUACUCGUGCUUGAAGCUCAGCUCUAAGAGUGCUCAAGUAUUCUUGAGUGCACCAUCAUUGCCAGGUCUUGAUAUUUCAUCAAUGGUCAUGAGUCGACCACCGAUGGUUAUCAUGCCAGGUGGGGCCAAAUUUAAUAGCACAAGUUUGGAAUAUGAAUAUCCAUCAAGUCCAACUCCAGUGGUUAGCAGUAGCAGUAUUUCACCUGCCAAAUCAAAAGCCAAUAACAAUUCUAAUAUGGUAGUUUUGAGCCAAUUAGUGGUUGUGUUGGUGGUUUUGGUUUUGAAUUUACUUGUUUAA